AAAUGGAAUCCAUCACCUACACUUGAUUAUUCACAAAAUUUUAGAGUAUACAAACGUCACCCGAAGGGUUGGAGGGAAGAAACCAGUCACGUAAGAAGCGAAAUAAAAGACAGGUUCCAGUCAUGUGUCCCUGCGUGGCGUCGGCUAAUGUACGACCGAAUGAACGGUCGCAGGAAACACGUCCAUGUCCCAGAAAUCGAGCGACACGUCCUGCUGGGUCGCCCAAAAUAUGACCAUGCAAGAAACCGUGGAAAAUCCAGUGAUCUCAUUCUUUCGAAAAGGCACCUUUAUGAUUGGCUGAUGAGCAGCCAUUCACAGUACAAACAGAGUCCGGUCGGAAUGGAUGAUGGGCCAACAAUCUCAGAUCAUAAAUUAGAGACGACAAGAGGGAAAAUAAAAUUUGGAAUUGUAAACCGAAAACCCGAAAGUGGUUUGACAGGCAACGAGCUUGAAAACAGCAAGGAAAAAGAAAGGCCUAAAAGCGGUAAUCUGAGUGACCUGCAAAGGAAUAGUUCGCCAGAAGUCCAAAAGAAACUAGGCGUAAUUAUCGAUGUGAGUAAACAAGGAAUUAGAGUCGCUAGGGACCAAGCCAGAAAUUUGAAUGCACGACAAUCAAAUGGAAAUACAAAAGAACGACAAGAUUUCUUUUCUAAACAAAACAUAGCAGCGAAGAGGGAUCAGCAAAAGGAUUUUAUUAAGCGGCAAACUGGAUCCACAGGUUGCCACAGAAACCGCAGCUCUGCUGGUGAACCUCGGAAGAAAAACGCUUUAAGAGGCCGACAAAAGUAUGAUAUUUAUAAAGACUGUCGAGAGCAAGAGACUACAGUAAACAAAAAAGGACCUGAUUUUGGAAAUGACCAGCCGAAAAAUAAGAUAUCAGAAGGUGGACUGAAAUAUGGAGAGGUUCGAGCAAAUAAAUCAUACAGAGAGGAAAGCCAGCGUCACAUCCAUUCAGACGCAGGAAACUGUGUUUUUUCGCAUUUGGAAACAGUGGCAAACGCCUCUGUCUCAAAUGAAGCCGAAAAUACUUCACUAUCUACAUGGGGCGAGUUGCCUUUUCCGAUAAACGUCAAUGGCUUGCUCGGCAAAUCUAUGAAGAGAUAUUUAGAAAACACAGAAAAUGUUGACAAACAGGGCCUAAUGGACUUAGAAAAAAUUUCACAAAGAGAAAUCGAGGCACCAAAUCGCCGGAAAAGAAGCAAAGGAGAACACGAAAAGCUUGUAUUACCGGAGAAAAGUAUUAGCCUUGCCCAAGAAUAUUCUGUGAUGCAUUCUGCUUCAAGUAGAAAGUCUGGCAUAAAUAACAUUACAAAAAAGAGUCCCGUCACAAUGUUCAAUAUUUCGUCAACUGAAGCCCAAUUGGGGGACAUUGCAGACAGCGAUUCAAUCCUCAAUGCAGAAAAACUCGUCGAUUCCUCAAAUCUGAAGAGCAUAAAUUUCCAACCUUCGUUGCUAUUCAAUAACUUAGAAUAUAAUGUAAAUGGUUUUUAUGUUAAUAAUUCUACCUCAUUUGGUUCAUCGAACGACAAUAAAUCUUCGCCUCCUGUUUCAAAUUCUCCGCAUUUCUCCACCGGUAAUUUAAUUUCCUCGGAUAAUAACACUGAAGGAAAUGACUAUUCAAUCAGCAAAGGUACCAAUGAUUUGUCCUUGAAUUCCAGCAGCUCAUAUUUUCAGCACAACCAUAAUUCACACGUUUCCAUUUCAACGAACAGCGCAAGUCCAUACGAUUCAUUUUUAACCUUAGGGCAGGACCAUCAUGAAAUCUCAUCUAAAAAUCCAGAUCGUACGCAACCACAUCGUUUUGCACAAAUGUUCUACUCUACAAGUUCUCCCAUCAUCCACACCUCCGACAUUCAACAACCCGGCAUCAAACUAUUGAAACGUAACCCACUCUCUUCAGCCCGUCUUUCUUCACUCUCUGGUAGAACCGUACCGGUACCGUCACUCAGCGAGGUACUUGAACUCACGACCACGACAGAAAUAGCGGUAACGGUCAAAAACGUCACGACUGCAUCCAAGAUACCCGACCUCAUUCAGUCGCCAAGAAAAUGUAACCGUUGUCCAUAUUUCCUAAGAACUCCAGUUACAGUGGCCGUAGCGGUGGGGACGGCUGCAAAUCUCACUUGUGGAGUCCGGCAGCUUCAAGGCAGACAGGUAUCAUGGAUACGUCGACGGGACCUACACGUGCUGUCUACCGGUACCUUCACGUACACUAACGACGAACGCUUCAGCGUGACGCAUGAACGUGGCACUGCGUACUGGGUGCUGUCCGUGUCACGCACGCAGAUCAGUGACACCGGCAUCUACGAGUGUCAAGUGCCUGCACAACCGAAGAUAUUCAAGAGGUUCUGGCUUGAAGUUAUAGUUCCACACGCGACCAUAGAGGGCAGCGCUGAGGUGUACAUGCAGGCUGGGGGCGACAUCAAGAUAUCGUGUCACGUCACUGGUGACACUCCUCCUACCUUCAUACGAUGGCUCCACACGCCGCUUGCUGUUUCGUAA